AUGCCUCUAGUGAUCUACAAGCGAUCAAACCGGACCCACGCCGUCCUCCCAAUCAACCUAAAAAUCACCACUUCCCUCAUCAUCUCCCUAAUCUACCUUCAAAUCCUCUACCUUGUAUCCUUCCUCGCGAAACCAUUCUGGUCCUCAGCCGGAGAAUUUCCUCCAUUCAAACACAACAUCGAGCGCUGGGAAAGAACAAUCAUCGAUAUAAUCAUCGCUAUCGUCCCGUUUUCAAACUAUCGUUCUCCAAAUCCAUCAGCAAUCCUCCAUUCAGACGCACUACUUCACCGAAGCCAUAAUACAACAUACUCAACUGCCUCUCAUGUCAAUCUGGAUGGAAUCCCACUCAUGCCACCAAAAGCAGCGUCUAGCGCGUUUGUUUACCCGGUGACAAUACCGCAGUGUUAUCCCGGGACGGCUAUUGAGGGCAUGACGCCCGUAAUGGCAAUGACGGAACGAAGUGAUUUGAAACUUGAUCUGAAAGGCGGUGGUAUUGGGACGGCGACAGCGCCGGGGUCAACAAUUACGAAGCCCGGUCCUGUUAUGGACCGGUAUGGAAGGAAUGGAGAUCCGGUCUAUGAAACUGUGAAGAAGCCAGUUCCUGGUUCAGGGUCGAAAUCGCGUUCGCCGGGUGGAAGUUGGCAUCGGACUGGGAUUAAUACCUCUGGAACUGGGAGUGGGAGUGGGACUGGGACUGGGACUGGCAUUGUUACUAGUGCAGGCGUUGGCAAUACACCUGUAUUAGGCUCACAGCAUUCACCACAGCAUACUCCAUCUCGAUCCCGCACUCAAUCUCAAUCGCACGCUACAAAAUCAACGCCUUCACCCCCCCCCCCACCCCGCAAACGAGUAUACUUUGAAUUUGAACAUGAACCCAUCCCAAAUUAUUAA